AUGUUCAUGAAGACCGCCUUCUUCUCGUUGUUGGCAUUGACUGCUGCCGUUUCGGUCCCACAGACCGAUUACGAUGUCAUCGUCGUUGGUGGAGGUCCUGCGGGUCUUAGCGCUCUCAGCGGUGUCUCCCGUGUCCGACGCACUGCUCUGUUGUUUGACAACCAGAAAUAUCGGAAUGCUCCAACCCGGGAAAUGCACGAUGUGAUUGGCAACGAUGGCACCCCGCCUGCUGUUUUCCGAGGCUUGGCUCGAGAGCAGAUCUCUAAGUACGACACUGCCCACUUCAAGAACGUGACUGUUGAGUCUAUCGUCCCAUUAGAUGGAGACUUCUCUUCCUUCGCCGUGACAGACGAUACUGGCGAGAAGUACACGGCACGCAAAAUCGUGCUUGGUACUGGUCUGCACGACCUGCUUCCCCCGACGCCCGGCCUGCGCGAGGCUUUCGGCAAGGGAAUCUUUUGGUGCCCGUGGUGCGACGGAUAUGAGCACCGUGACCAGCCUUUUGGAAUUGUCGCUACUCUUGAUAAUGUGCUCGGUGCGGUCUUGGAAAUCCACACCUUGAACAGUGAUAUAAUUGCUUUCACCAACGGCACCCGUAAUCCCGAGUACGAGGCUAAAGCCACAGCCAAAUCCCAAGACUGGGAAAAGCAGCUCAAGGCCUGGAACGUCACCAUUGACAACCGCAUGAUCUCCUCUUUCCAGCGUAUCCAGGAUGGUGCCAAGCACCGCGACGACAAGGAAGACAAACAGUACGACAAGUUCCUCAUUCACUUCACUGAAGGAAAACCCGUCGAGCGCAAUGCUUUCCUCGUUGACUACCUCACCAAUCAGACCUCGACCCUCCCGUAUCAGAUGGGUCUCGAGAUGGUGGACGGUAAGAUUAAGGUCGCCAGUUCCAUGCGGACUAACGAGACUGGUGUCUUCGGUAUUGGUGACGCUAACAGCGAUGGUGCCACCAAUGUCCCUCACGCCAUGUUUAGCGGCAAGCGUGCCGCUGUUUACAUUCACGUUGAAAUGUCGCGUGAGGAGUCCAAGUCUAAAAUCUCCAAGCGUGAGGGCGAGAUUUCUCGCCGCGAACUUGAGGAGGAGGCCAACAACGCCAUCGGUGACAACCUCGACCGCGAAUGGGAGCGCGCUCAGAUCCAAGGAUCCUUCCAAGGUUAA